GUGUGUUUGCCAAGCUCCCAGAGAAGCUCCCAACCUCCUUUAAAUUCGGACUACCAGUCCCCUUUGAGCAAGAGAUGAUAUAUUGCUUCUAUUAAAACUGAGAGCCACGGCAAUGUCGGAUUCAAGCACUGAUGAGAGUUUUCCAAACCUCACUGCGUUUCUACAGACUGAUUCGUAUAUAGGACAAUAUGAGGGAGAACUGCGCAGAAGAUACAAGCGGUUUUCCGAGCGUCUGGCACAGCUGGAGGAGGCAGAAGGGGCCUUUGAUUACUUCACACUGAGCUACCAGUCGUUCGGAAUUCAGCGGCGAUCCGACAACAGUCUGGUCCUUAGGGAAUGGGCACCGGGAGCGGAGGCCGUCUUCCUGACUGGGGAUUUCAAUUCCUGGGAAAAAGAGUCACACCCUUUCACGAAGAAAGAAUAUGGAAAAUGGGAACUAUACCUCUCUCCAAAAGUGGACAAAUCUCCUGCCAUCAAGCACCUGACCAAACUCAAGCUCGUAGUCUUGACUAAAACAGGCGAAUACCUGUUUCGGAUCUCUCCAUGGGCCAAACAUGUCACAAAAACACUAGAUUCCGUCACCUAUGACUGGACUCACUGGGACCCUCCACAGCCAUAUCAGUUCCAGCACCCCAGACCCCCACGGCCCAGCAGCCUUCGUAUCUAUGAGGCCCAUGUGGGCAUCAGUUCGCCUGAGGAAAAGAUUGCCUCGUACAAAAACUUCACCAGAGAGGUGCUUCCUCGCAUUAAAGAUCUCGGAUACAACUGUGUCCAGCUCAUGGCAAUUAUGGAACAUGCCUACUAUGCGAGCUUUGGCUAUCAGGUCACUAACUUCUUUGCAGCUUCCAGCCGCUUUGGCACUCCUGAUGAUCUGAAGCAUCUGGUUGAUACCGCACACUCCAUGGGCAUCGUGGUUCUUCUGGACAUGGUCCACAGUCACGCCUCCAGCAACACAGAAGAUGGGCUGAACUACUUCGACGGGACCGACUCCUGCUUCUUUCACGGAGGCUCCAGAGGAACCCACUCGCUCUGGGGCAGUCGACUCUUCAAUUACUCCAGCUGGGAGGUGGUGCGGUUCCUCCUCUCCAACCUGCGCUGGUGGAUGGAGGAGUAUCACUUUGAUGGCUUCAGGUUUGAUGCUGUGACUUCAAUGCUGUACCACCACCAUGGCAUCGGCACGUCGUUUUCGGGGAACUACAGCGAGUACUUCGGGAUACAAGUGGAUGAAGACGCACUUGUCUAUCUAAUGCUGGCCAAUUACAUUCUCCACAAGCUCUACCCACAAUGCAUCACUGUAGCAGAGGACGUAUCAGGGAUGCCAGGCCUGUGCAGGUCCAUUGAAGAGGGAGGACUGGGCUUUGAUUAUCGUCUGACCAUGGCCGUGCCAGACAAAUGGAUUCAGGUCCUGAAGGAAGUUCGAGAUGAAGAUUGGGAUUUGGUGAACAUUGUUCACACCCUGACCAACAGAAGGAGAGGGGAGGCAUCUAUUACCUAUGCUGAAAGCCAUGACCAAGCCUUGGUUGGGGACAAAUCAUUGGCAUUCUGGCUGAUGGACAAGGAGAUGUACACCAACAUGAGUGCUCUUACUGCCAUGACGCCUGUUAUAGACCGUGGCAUCCAGCUGCAUAAACUCAUCCGUCUCCUUACUCAGAGUCUAGGAGGGGAGGGCUACCUCAACUUCAUGGGUAACGAGUUUGGCCAUCCGGAAUGGCUUGACUUUCCCAGGAAAGGAAACAACGAGAGCUACUAUUAUGCCCGUCGCCAGUUCAACCUUGUGGACACUGAGCAUUUGCGAUACCGACAACUCUACGCUUUCGACCGUGACAUGAAUCUUACAGAAGACAAAUACGGCUGGCUAGCUGCCGGUCAGGCAGCAGUCACGACUUUGAAUCAAACUGACAAGGUGAUCGUGUUUGAACGCUCAAACCUGCUGUUCAUAUUCAACUUUCAUCCCUGCAACAGCUACAUCGACUACAGGGUGGCAGUGGAGCAUGCUGGGAAAUAUAAGAUCAAAUUGAACUCGGACGAGCUUCAGUACGGGGGUCACGGGAGGCUUGUGCAGGACACAGAGUUUUUCACAGAGCCCAUGCCUUUCAAUGGCCGAGCCCAGUCAUUUCGGAUCUACAUUCCUUGCAGAACUGCUCUGAUCCUGGCAAAUGAGGACAUUGAUUUCAGACACUGAGGACUGUGUGGAUGAAUGGAGCUGAUUCUUGCAUCAUAUCCCAGAAUUCUGUGCAACCUUACAGUACAUUUGCUUAUGUUCACUUGCAAACACUGUUAUUGCCUCACAAUGUUAUCCCAUUUUUAGUUUUAACAGAAUAUUUAAACUGCUAUUCUCCAUAUAAUGAACGUUUGCUGUCACUGGUCCCCAUCUGCUUACGUUUCAUUGGCAGUCUGCUAAAUUUUCAGUUUUGUGUUCUCCAGAAUAAGACAUGCAGGUUUGGAAUGACAUGAGGAUGAGUAAAUGAUUACUUUUCAUUUAUUCCGUUCAAGGCUUUUUUUCUACUAAUUUGUUAUAAGAGGGGAAAAUGAUAAUUUACAGAA